AUGGCGCGAUUCUCCCUCCCUGCGAACGAUGCAAGGAUUCACAAGGAAGAAGAGCUCUCACUCAUGAGGGUUGCCUCGCAGAGGAAUGCAAACCCUCGACCAAGCCAGAACCAGAGCCAAGUGGACGGUACUGUGACGCCGCAAGAAAUUACGAGGCAGCACACACCUGCCGAGACAAUCCCGUCUCCAGCCCCGAGCCGUCGCCACGUCGUGUUCGCCGACCCUGUCGCUUUCCGAUAUCUCGAGGAGGACCCUUGCGUGGACGUUGUCGAACGAAAAGGCGUCUUGCGCGGCUACGAAUUAUAUCUUGUUGAGCAGUGGGCAUGCUCGCGACUGUCGCCGACUCUGGUCAUAGUCACAUACACGGGCGAUGAGAGGCAUUCUGUCGUCGUGGGCGUCUUAGCUAUACCUGAGGAUGAGAGUGCAUGGACCCCACGACUGCGAGUCUAUUUCAAGGCAAUACAGCAGUACCAUGCACGGCCGAAGCAGACUCUCCUGGGGGAGCUAAUGGUGACCAACCUCAGCAGCUUUCCCUCGGCUCUGACUGUCAUCUCGGUUCCUGAUGGCGAUAUCAAAAAGCAUCGCCAGGAGUUCAUAGUCAAUGAGAAUCUUAAGCGUUUGGGAUGCUCCGGGCGAGCAGGAUUGACGCUGUCGGAACCAACGGCGGCCGCCAAGGCCAAAUUCGUACAGCUAUACAAGACGAAUGAGAAGAUACCAUUUGCUGAGGCUGUGGUGGAGCUGGUCAAGCUGUGCCAGGUCGCAUUAUUCAUAUUUGGGAAGUUGGACCAAGAGUACAUCGACGGCCUUCUCUGCGACGUGACAGAGAGAGCCGUUGGUAACUGGUGGACUGAAUUCGGUGCGGAAUACUACAACGUCGAGCCGACUGACGGCAUACUUGGUCCCACUACCGUCGUUGCAUUGCUCGGCUUGUUGAUGGGUGCGAGGAACCGAUUGAGCUACUUUGGUGCCCCUAUUUCCAAGGAUGUUUUCGACAUUGACUCGACCAAAAGGGGCAUCGGCUACUUCCAGAAAUAUCAGAAGUUAGAAAGGACCCGACGAUUAGAUCGACAAACCUUGCACAAACUUCACGGCGUCACUGCCAAGGCAGCUGCUGGAGAAGGAUGGGGCGUGCAAAAGGCUGUCAAGUCAACCGUCACAGAAAUCGGUGGUAAGCGAGGCGAGCUGGUAUUAGGCAUGGUCAGCGGGCGCGAUAAGGGUGGCUUGGGGGACAUUGAAACUUUGGACCUGGACAGGUUCACAAGUCUGAUUCAUGGAGAACGUGCAAAAUGGCUAUGGUUUGGCAAGCCAAAACGCACGACCAUAGAACACGAUCGAUCAAUACCAGAUAUGAGCAAUCUCCUUUUUGGCAAGGAAGACUCGAGAGACUCGAAUGCUCAGUCGAAAAAGACACAGUCCAUGCCAUUAGACGAAGAGGUGGAAAUGAAGCGAAUGGAAGAAUCACCUGGUGUAUACUCUGCGCCGGCCCCUGGUUCCGCGACUAGUGUGACAGCUGAAAGCCCUGAGAAGGAUGCUCUGAGACGGGUGGUCCUUAAAAGUGUUGUAGGUAAGAUGAGCGAUGCUCGCUCGGGCUUCGGGCGCAUCAAAGAUGCUGUCUACAGCGGGGGCGGCCUGAGAGGCCACGUGAGUCGUCCGUCCAAGGACGAGUUUGAAACUGGAUAUCCGGGCAUCACUGGAUCAGUAUUGUCAGGCUCGUCCCCAGUCCUGGUGGCAAGUCCCGUGCCUGGCGCCAUCGGCCGGACAUUUACCUGGAAGAACAAACCAGACGAGUACAGAGAUGGUUACCGGAAGGAUAUGGACUUAACCUCUGCUCCUGCUUCUAUUCACCCGGGCCAAAGCGAAACGCCGCCAAGUGGAUCUAGACCUGUCACUCGGGCCGCGGAUGACGUUGUAUCGGAUAAUGAGACCAAGCGGCUUUCUCGGGCCAUGGAGAUCCGGAACGACAUAGCCCCUAUCAAACCUUCCGUGGUGGGUUUAACAGCAGAUGAGAACGAACUGCAGGGACCAGCGCUGGAGGCUAAACGCCGGCUUGAUACGUCCUUAUCGCACCUUCAUCGACGACAUAGCAUUGCGGGAACGCAACCACCGCUAGGCACGCUAAACGAAUACAGAUGGCCACGAAGACUAUCAUUUGGAGACGCUGAAGAAGCAGUACUCCGAUGGACAGAAUUGAUAGAACUGGAUGGUGGCGAGGACAAGCGUACGUCGGCAACGCUCGAAAAACAAGCUCAGGUGGCAGAGGUUGCUUGCAGCCUCUACGCCAAUAUCCUCGACAUCAAACAAAGCCUUGAGCCAUGGGUCGACACCAAGAUCAAGUCCAUCGAGGCCAUCAACGAUCACUACGCGCGCCAACAAGAGAAUUUACAACACCUGUACUACCAGCUCACCGAUGAGUAUCAACGCGCUAAGCAGGCCUCGCAGGAGAUCAUUGGCGAGGAACGCGCCCACGUGACCGAGGCGGUUAAGGAUGUCGAGGUUCUGGUUGCAAAGCUGGAGUACGAGAUGAACGCCCUCGUGUCCAGGGUGCAGGACGUCGAAGAUGGUGUUGCGCAGUUCGAGCUCCAAGUUGAAGCCGUCGAGAAACGGGCGGAAGAGCUCAAGAUGCAGCUCGAGACGGAAAGCUGGGCGCAUUGGGCCGUCAGAACGUUGACAGGGAUCGGCACCGGGCCGAAUAUUACACAGGCCGAAGUGCGAAAGUGA